CUUUUGAGAUAACACCUACAGCCCACGUUAUGCAAAAAGAGAAAGACAGGCGUAGGAAUAUAUCAGUCCGAGUUCCGCUACACAAACGUAAACAUGUGUUGUACAAGUGUGCCUGAUAACAGCCCCAAACAAAGGAAAAGAAUGAUUAUAUUAGCUCUCCUGUCUUUGUUUGCAUUAUUUGAUGAUUGUGUUGGCGACUGUGUCUGGUAUGGUCAGUGUGGCUACAACCAUGGAUAUAGACAAAAACUUAACUGUAAGUACACUGGACCACCUAAACCAUUCUCUACGUGGGAAGGACUUCAAAAAUUUAAAGAGUACUGCCCUAGCUUAUAUACAGGCUCAGAUGUUAGAACAUGUUGCUCCGAUGACCAAAUGUUGACACUGGACACACAAGUGAGAUUCCCAAGACUACUCUUGCAACAGUGUCCGAGCUGUUUCUACAAUUUUAUGAACGUUUGGUGUUACUUAACGUGUGGUCCUAACCAGACCGAGUAUAUGUCUGUCAACGCUACUAAACCCUAUGUAACCCCAAAGAAUGAAACAGUUGAAGCCGUCCUCUCGGUAAACUACGCCGUAGAAACAGACUCCGCCCAUGGAAUGUUUAACUCUUGUCGUGAUGUGCAGUCAUACGACAACUCACGUGCCUUGUCCUUCAUGUGUGGUGAAGAUGCAGAGACAUGCACACCUCAGAGAUGGCUGGACUACAUGGGAAAUAGCUCGAAGAGCGAAGCCCCAUUUGACAUUUAUUUUAGCCUUUCAAGCAGAAAUGUCACCAUUAACAAUACCGUCCUCGUGCCUUUGGACAUGAAGCCAGUUCCUUGUUAUAAAGCUGUGUCCAGCACUUCUAAGCCCUGUAGGUGUACGGAUUGUCCUAAGGCGUUGUGUGAAUUUGUCUUACCCACAGUCUCCCCAUUGUUCCGUACAGAAAACAUUAUCAUCAGGCGGCCCAAGAACUCAACACGUGUGCCUUGGAAAAAUAAAAACUUCACUAGUAUAUUUGAUAUCACUUUUAUGCAUCAGAUCCUGGACCUACAGCUGUCAAUCACAAAUCUUACUGCUGAAUACAGAAAUGAGAACAUCACACUAGAAGAUAUCUGUUAUGCUCCGCUGAGACCUGACAACAACAAUUGUACCGUAAUGAGCAUAUUCAACUACUACCAAAACUCUCAUGAGAUGCUAGACAAGGUAGUCAUGGAUGACUAUGGCUGGUUUGUGGUGGCCAACUAUCUGGACCAUUUUCUUUACUGUGUCUGGGAUCCUGCUGCUCUGGCAGACACGACAAAGCUCAGUAUACCUUGCUUGGGGACUUUUGGUGGACCAGUCUAUCCUUCGCUUGCAUUACGUGACUAUCUGGGCCAAGAAUACUGGACAGCCAAAGCGUUGGUCAUCACGUUUGAUGUGCUCAACAGUAAAAAAGUCAAGGCCUGGGAGAAGACCUUUUACGCCUUCAUGAAAGAGUACAAGACUUUAAAUAAAGACCUGGACAUCACCUACUUCUCAAAGGGUCCAAGAAUAAUGUCAGGUCUGAAUGAUGGCGCCGCCAUGAAGACAUAAAGAAUAAAGAAGACAUAUGCAAAGAAACAAAAGAAUAUGUACAUCCAAAAUUUUUCUCAUUUUUAAAUGAGUCAGUUAACCUUUUAACCAUGGUGUUCUACAUAUAUACAUAUGAGAGAUAGCGUGAGAGAGAGAGAUAAAGAAAACAACAGAAUGAACGGGCUAGUUUGCUUUAAAGAAAAACAUUUAAAAUAUGUUAUUGUUGUUUUUUUUUUAAACAAAGUUUAUAUUUAGUGCAAAUGUAUUAAUUAGUUUGGAUCAGUGAUGUAAUUAAAUUUGUAAUAGAUUUAGACCCACUGUAAUAAAUCUGUGCGAUUAGAAAUAUUUUUA